AUGCUAGCACGAAACCUCACUGCCGCUUUCUCUAAACAACUCCGUGCCGUCAUAAAUUAUACUCCCACCCAACAACGAGUAUUAGAAGACAUGGCGGAGAAAAUAAAAAACUUGCGGGAACGAAUCGAACCCCACCAGGAGAUACCGAAUAGACGCAAUAAGAAAAGGCGGGAGAGAUCGAGAACCCGCACGAGUCUUAGCAGGAGUGAUCCACAAGAUGGAGUGUCUAAGUCCGCCUCUCAAGAUGCCCGAACCUACCUAGAAAGCAAAAAGCAAAAGGCCUCCGAAAGCGUCCAAUCGCUGGUGAAUAGAAGGAGGCAAGAGAGGGAGAAGGCACAGCUCGCAGGAUCUAGCCAUCCCAUGAGUCCUGUAACCAUGCCACGGAAUGAGGUCGAGGUAAAUAACCUCCCGAAAGAUCAUACGCCAAUAAUCUCCCCGUUGGCUUCAGAAGUACUAAGUACCCCCAACCCGGGGAAAAUAAAAAUCCCAAACAUGACAGUAUUCGACGGCACGUCAUGCCCCGAAGAACACUUGAUGGCCUACAAAAAUUUGAUGGUGCUGCACACUACCAACCCAUCCUUGUGGUGUAAAUUCUUCCCAACUACUCUUACUGGAGUAGCCUUGACAUGGUACACCUCCCUUCCGGGAGGAAGUAUCCAUAACUUUGCCCAAUUAGAAGGCAAAUUCCUGGGUCAUUUUGUGGCAUCCAGGAGGCAGGAGAAAUCCAACUUCCAUCUGCUUAGCAUAACGCAACUGGAAGGGGAAUCCAUAUCAUCUUACUUGAAAAAAUUCCAUGAGGCCGUACUGGAGGUGACGGAUCUGGAAGAAUCAGUCGCCUUGAAUGCCCUGAUCAACGGAAUGAAGGCGCAGAGAUUGAAGUUCCAGUUGGUCGAAAGUCAGGUGAAGACAUAUGCAGAAGCCAUGAAGCAAUGUCAAAGCUAUGUCACCGCCUCCGAAAUAUGCCAGGCACACGACCCGAAAAGGCGAAAAUCCGAAAAGUGA